AUGGAAAAUUCUGAUGGAAUUAGGGUAAGGAAAUACCGGAAAUCUUCCGAUCCACGUUUGCGAUGGACGUCUGAGCUUCAUCAACUCUUUGUUGAAGCAGUUGAGCAACUUGGUGGGAAAUACAAGGCAACUCCAAAGCGGAUUCUGCAAAUGAUGGAUGUCAAAGAACUAAAUAUUGCCCACAUCAAGAGCCAUCUCCAGAUGUACAGAAGCAUGAAAAAACGCAGCAGCGUAAACGUCUUUGUACCUAUAAAGAACUAUCAAGAGGGAGAACCAGAAUACAAUAUUUUUGGCUCGAAGUGGUGCCCUCUAAGACAAGUUUCCGAAGGAUUAAGAGAACAACCAUGUAAGAGGAAACACGUUAAAGGCCAAAUAAAGUGUGAAGGAGAAAGUAGAACUUUCCAAAGCAGAAAAAUUAUGCUUAACCACAAGAACCAGGACUCAGGAAAAAGCACAACAAGUGAUGAAAUGAAUAAGGAAGAUGGUGAUGUUCAAAUUGAAAAUUUGAGCUUGAGACAAAAAGCUAUUUUACAUGAAAAAAACUUUCAACCCAAUUAUCAAAUUAACCUUGAAUUGAGUAUCUCAUCAGGUUUCUCAAGCUAA